AUGAACGAAAUUACUAUCCCAUGUUCUAAUUGUAAAUAACCAAUUGCAGAAUCUAAACAUAUGCUUCAUGAAACAUAUUGUUUACGUAAUAAUAUAAAAUGUCUUAAAUGUGGCGUAUUUUAUGAUAAAAAUGAUCCAGAAAGUCAUGAGGAGGAAUACCAUAAAAAAGAAAAAUGUUAAUAUUGUUAAUUGGAAUCUGAAGGUCAUUUAUCUAUAUUAUAAAAAUAGAUUUGAAAAAACAUAAAUGCUAUAAGAAACCAAAAUAAUGUAUGCAUUGUGAUCUUAGUUUCCCAGCUGAUUAAUUAUUUUAACAUGAAAAUCAAUGUGGAAGUAGAACAGAAAAAUGUGAUAUAUGCAAUAGUUUUAUAAUAAUGAGAGAAUAUUCAAGUCAUAUAAAGGAUUGUAAACCUAAACCAAAAGUUGAAUCUUCUUAAGUGUAGAAAAAACCAUCCAAUUCAGAAAUUUAUGAUAGACCAAAUUAUGAUAUGUCUAAAAUUGAUGAUAGAAUUGAUCAAUAGAAAUUUAAUAGUAAAAAGGAAACACCUUAAUAAAAUCCUUCAAGUCAAAUCUAAUCCAAAUAAUCAGUCUAAUAACAAUAAUAAUAACAAUAAUAAACUAAACCUAUAGGAUCUGGAUAUAAAUUUGGAUAAGCAGCAGGAGAAUAAAAAUCAAAAUAUCAACUAUCAGAUGAAGAAAAAUAGAGAUAAAAAGAUGGUAUUAGACCUCCAUCUUCUAAUAAUUAAACAGGUUCAAGACCUUAACAAUAAAACAUUACAUCAGGAACAUAGUCAAAAUAAUAAUUAUAUAAUUAAAAAUAAUAGAAUUCAUAAAAGAAAGAUGAGACAACAUAAUUUGAUAAUUAAUAUGAAAAAUAAUAGUAUAUUAAUAAAUUAUCCUAACAAUCCCAACCAUAACCAUAAUAAUAGUAAAAGUAACCAACACAAGCAUAGAAAAGUUUAGAGAGCUAUAAAAAUACUUAAAAUGAUAAAUAAUAAUUUUAAAAUUAAAAUAAUAAUCCUAUAUUAAGAAGACCAGAUACAGCUAUAGCAAGAGAGAUUUAGAGAUAAAUAGAGUUAGAAGAAGAAUUUGGAAUAAGUUCAGAAGAGUAUUUACAAUAAUAAAUGUUUAAUUAAAUGUCACUAAACGAAAAAAAAGAACAAGCUCAGCCAAUCAAAAAAACAACAAUGCCAUAAUCUGUAAUACCAGCAAGAGUUCCAUAAAAAGUUGAUAAAUAGGAAUUCGAUUUCGAAGAUAUUUCUGAGGAAGAAAAACUUGUAUAAUUAUAAAUAAUGGAAAGUUUUAAGGAUAAUAAGAAAAAACGUUGA